AUGGGGUGUUGUUACUCGAGGGUGGAGAGAGAGGAGAUGGUGUCGCGUUGCAGGGCGAGGAAGAGGUACAUGAAGCAGUUCGUGAAGGCGAGGCAGGGGUUCUCGGUCUCGCACGCCAUGUACCUGCGCGCCCUCCGCAGCACCGGAUCCGCCCUCCUCCAGUUCGCCAACGGCGAGGCCACCCUCCACCUCCACCUCCACCACCACCACCGGCGCCUCCACUCGCCGUCCCUGCUGCCCUCCCCGCCGCCGCAGCCUCCGCCCACCCCGCCGUCCCCGCCCCCUCUCAGCCCCGGCUCCGACGGCUGGACCUCCACCUCCGUCACCGCCUCCUCGGCCAUGCCGCCCCCGCCCCCUCCGGCCGCCCCGCCGCCGCCGCCGCCCGCGGCUUCGGGGUGGGAUUUCUGGGACCCUUUCAUGCCGGCGUCCUCGAGGUCGGUCACGGAGGAGGAUUGGGAGGUGACCACGACGGCAUCUGAGCUGGCGGCACCGCCGGCGGCCGCCAUGACGGUGGUCAGUGGGUAUUCGAAGGACAGCAACAGCGAACUUGCAAUGGUGGUGUCGAGGAAUAGUGGGAAAGAUCUGAUGGGGAUCAUCAAAGAGCUUGAUGAGUAUUUCCUGAAUGCUGCUGAUGCUGGUGCUGAUGUGUCGUUGGCGUUGGAAGUUUCAAGCCCUGCUUUUUCUUGCCAAAGCAAAGAGGGUAAAGUUUAUAAUAUGUGGAAUCUGAGCCCCUCACUGUGGACGCGCGGAUGCACCAGUCCCAAAUCAAACGGCUUCGGCAGGAUGAGUGCCCAGAAUUUUGGCAACGGAAGGUCUGUGUAUGGCAGCCACUGUUCUACUGCUGAGAGGUUAUACGCUUGGGAGAAGAAGCUGUACAAGGAGGUCAAGGAUGCAGAGACCUUUAAAAUCGAGCACGACAAGAGGGUGGAGCAUUUGAGGAAGCUUGAGCUGAAGCGGGCUGACUAUAUGAAGACUGAGAAAACCAAAAAGGAGAUUGAGAAGUUGGAAUCACAGAUGAUGGUCGCUUCCCAAGCCAUCGAGACAACUUCUGCUGAAAUCGUCAAAUUAAGAGACACAGAGCUCUAUCCACAGCUGCUUGAGCUAGUUAAAGGAUUGAUGUGCAUGUGGAGAAGCAUGUAUGAGUGCCACCAGGUCCAGACCCACAUAGUCCAGCAGCUUAAAUACCUGAACAUCAUUCCAUCUGCUGAACCCACGUCCGAGAUUCACCGACAGUCAACUCUGCAGCUUGAGCUGGAGGUCCAGCAGUGGCACCUCUCCUUCUGCAGCCUUGUCAAGGCUCAACGAGAUUACAUUCAGUCACUUACAGGCUGGCUCCGCCUCAGCCUCUUCCAGUUCAACAAGAACACACUAUCUCGAACCUCAGAAGAGUCGAGGAUUUAUUCACUCUGUGAGGAGUGGCAACAAGCCGUUGACCGGAUCCCUGACAAAGUAGCAUCAGAAGUAAUCAAGAGCCUAUUGACUGCAAUCCAUUCUAUUGUGGUUCAACAACAGGAGGAGCAGAAGCAGAAGAAAAGGGCAGAAUGUGCAUUCAAAGAACUCGAGAAGAAGACGAUUGAGCUCAGGUCAUUGGAGAGCAAGUACGGUCCAUUUUGUGCAGCCGAGACUCUUGGUUCUGGAAGAAAUAAGGACCCUGUUGGAGAAAAGCAUGCUAAGGUGGCAUUUUUGAGAGCCAAAGCAGAGGAGGAGAAGUCGAAACACGACAAAUCGGUGAGCAUAACUAGAGCAAUGACACUGAAUAACCUACAGAUGGGUUUUCCACAUUUGUUCCAAGCAAUCGUGGGGUUUUCUAGCGUGUGCAUGCAAGCGUUCGAGUCCUUGUACAAUGUAGCCAAGAACAAUGAACAGGAGCAUGAUUUGAAGAGGCUUCUCCCUUGAUUAUGUAGCGAUGCGGAUCGAUUCAUUGCUGAGAAUGUCCAUACCGAUGUACAUAGAAGAGAGUUUUGUCUCAACUUGGUUGUCCAUGAAGAUAAUCUUAUUAGGUAUUACUACUUUUUCAGACAACCCACUAUGGUGAAGUUAGGUUAUAAUGAGAGGAGUUUAGAAACUCGAGUUGGGUGUUGUGAGUUGUUUGUCCUUUACAGGAAUGAUUUUGGAUGAUUUCAGUAUUCAAACCGCAAUGACCACUUUGUGACAGCUGCGCA